AUGCCUUCGAGGCUGUUGUACCAUCUCGAUAAGGAGUUCUGUUCUACAGAAAUUAACAUUCUAUACGAGCAAUGGUAUGCACAGCAGGUGGCGACCCCGGAUCAGAGCGCGCUGGUGGCGGCACUGCUGGCAGAGCUGCUGCGAUUCAGAAGGACCCCUCUAGAAGCAGGGAAUGAUGGGGCAGCAGGGAAUGAUGGGGCAGCAGGGAAUGAUGGGGCAGCAGGGAAUGAUGGGGCAGCAGGGAAUGAUGGGGCAGCAGGGAAUGAUGGGGCAGCAGGGAAUGAUGGGGCAGCAGGGAAUGAUGGGGCAGCAGGGAAUGAUGGGGCAGCAGGGAAUGAUGGGGCAGCAGGGAAUGAUGGGGCAGCAGGGAAUGAUGGGGCAGCAGGGAAUGAUGGGGCAGCAGGGAAUGAUGGGGCAGCAGGGAAUGAUGGGGCAGCAGGGAAUGAUGGGGCAGCAGGGAAUGAUGGGGCAGCAGGGAAUGAUGGGGCAGCAGGGAAUGAUGGGGCAGCAGGGAAUGAUGGGGCAGCAGGGAAUGAUGGGGCAGCAGGGAAUGAUGGGGCAGCAGGGAAUGAUGGGGCAGCAGGGAAUGAUGGGGCAGCAGGGAAUGAUGGGGCAGCAGGGAAUGAUGGGGCAGCAGGGAAUGAUGGGGCAGCAGGGAAUGAUGGGGCAGCAGGGAAUGAUGGGGCAGCAGGGAAUGAUGGGGCAGCAGGGAAUGAUGGGGCAGCAGGGAAUGAUGGGGCAGCAGGGAAUGAUGGGGCAGCAGGGAAUGAUGGGGCAGCAGGGAAUGAUGGGGCAGCAGGGAAUGAUGGGGCAGCAGGGAAUGAUGGGGCAGCAGGGAAUGAUGGGGCAGCAGGGAAUGAUGGGGCAGCAGGGAAUGAUGGGGCAGCAGGGAAUGAUGGGGCAGCAGGGAAUGAUGGGGCAGCAGGGAAUGAUGGGGCAGCAGGGAAUGAUGGGGCAGCAGGGAAUGAUGGGGCAGCAGGGAAUGAUGGGGCAGCAGGGAAUGAUGGGGCAGCAGGGAAUGAUGGGGCAGCAGGGAAUGAUGGGGCAGCAGGGAAUGAUGGGGCAGCAGGGAAUGAUGGGGCAGCAGGGAAUGAUGGGGCAGCAGGGAAUGAUGGGGCAGCAGGGAAUGAUGGGGCAGCAGGGAAUGAUGGGGCAGCAGGGAAUGAUGGGGCAGCAGGGAAUGAUGGGGCAGCAGGGAAUGAUGGGGCAGCAGGGAAUGAUGGGGCAGCAGGGAAUGAUGGGGCAGCAGGGAAUGAUGGGGCAGCAGGGAAUGAUGGGGCAGCAGGGAAUGAUGGGGCAGCAGGGAAUGAUGGGGCAGCAGGGAAUGAUGGGGCAGCAGGGAAUGAUGGGGCAGCAGGGAAUGAUGGGGCAGCAGGGAAUGAUGGGGCAGCAGGGAAUGAUGGGGCAGCAGGGAAUGAUGGGGCAGCAGGGAAUGAUGGGGCAGCAGGGAAUGAUGGGGCAGCAGGGAAUGAUGGGGCAGCAGGGAAUGAUGGGGCAGCAGGGAAUGAUGGGGCAGCAGGGAAUGAUGGGGCAGCAGGGAAUGAUGGGGCAGCAGGGAAUGAUGGGGCAGCAGGGAAUGAUGGGGCAGCAGGGAAUGAUGGGGCAGCAGGGAAUGAUGGGGCAGCAGGGAAUGAUGGGGCAGCAGGGAAUGAUGGGGCAGCAGGGAAUGAUGGGGCAGCAGGGAAUGAUGGGGCAGCAGGGAAUGAUGGGGCAGCAGGGAAUGAUGGGGCAGCAGGGAAUGAUGGGGCAGCAGGGAAUGAUGGGGCAGCAGGGAAUGAUGGGGCAGCAGGGAAUGAUGGGGCAGCAGGGAAUGAUGGGGCAGCAGGGAAUGAUGGGGCAGCAGGGAAUGAUGGGGCAGCAGGGAAUGAUGGGGCAGCAGGGAAUGAUGGGGCAGCAGGGAAUGAUGGGGCAGCAGGGAAUGAUGGGGCAGCAGGGAAUGAUGGGGCAGCAGGGAAUGAUGGGGCAGCAGGGAAUGAUGGGGCAGCAGGGAAUGAUGGGGCAGCAGGGAAUGAUGGGGCAGCAGGGAAUGAUGGGGCAGCAGGGAAUGAUGGGGCAGCAGGGAAUGAUGGGGCAGCAGGGAAUGAUGGGGCAGCAGGGAAUGAUGGGGCAGCAGGGAAUGAUGGGGCAGCAGGGAAUGAUGGGGCAGCAGGGAAUGAUGGGGCAGCAGGGAAUGAUGGGGCAGCAGGGAAUGAUGGGGCAGCAGGGAAUGAUGGGGCAGCAGGGAAUGAUGGGGCAGCAGGGAAUGAUGGGGCAGCAGGGAAUGAUGGGGCAGCAGGGAAUGAUGGGGCAGCAGGGAAUGAUGGGGCAGCAGGGAAUGAUGGGGCAGCAGGGAAUGAUGGGGCAGCAGGGAAUGAUGGGGCAGCAGGGAAUGAUGGGGCAGCAGGGAAUGAUGGGGCAGCAGGGAAUGAUGGGGCAGCAGGGAAUGAUGGGGCAGCAGGGAAUGAUGGGGCAGCAGGGAAUGAUGGGGCAGCAGGGAAUGAUGGGGCAGCAGGGAAUGAUGGGGCAGCAGGGAAUGAUGGGGCAGCAGGGAAUGAUGGGGCAGCAGGGAAUGAUGGGGCAGCAGGGAAUGAUGGGGCAGCAGGGAAUGAUGGGGCAGCAGGGAAUGAUGGGGCAGCAGGGAAUGAUGGGGCAGCAGGGAAUGAUGGGGCAGCAGGGAAUGAUGGGGCAGCAGGGAAUGAUGGGGCAGCAGGGAAUGAUGGGGCAGCAGGGAAUGAUGGGGCAGCAGGGAAUGAUGGGGCAGCAGGGAAUGAUGGGGCAGCAGGGAAUGAUGGGGCAGCAGGGAAUGAUGGGGCAGCAGGGAAUGAUGGGGCAGCAGGGAAUGAUGGGGCAGCAGGGAAUGAUGGGGCAGCAGGGAAUGAUGGGGCAGCAGGGAAUGAUGGGGCAGCAGGGAAUGAUGGGGCAGCAGGGAAUGAUGGGGCAGCAGGGAAUGAUGGGGCAGCAGGGAAUGAUGGGGCAGCAGGGAAUGAUGGGGCAGCAGGGAAUGAUGGGGCAGCAGGGAAUGAUGGGGCAGCAGGGAAUGAUGGGGCAGCAGGGAAUGAUGGGGCAGCAGGGAAUGAUGGGGCAGCAGGGAAUGAUGGGGCAGCAGGGAAUGAUGGGGCAGCAGGGAAUGAUGGGGCAGCAGGGAAUGAUGGGGCAGCAGGGAAUGAUGGGGCAGCAGGGAAUGAUGGGGCAGCAGGGAAUGAUGGGGCAGCAGGGAAUGAUGGGGCAGCAGGGAAUGAUGGGGCAGCAGGGAAUGAUGGGGCAGCAGGGAAUGAUGGGGCAGCAGGGAAUGAUGGGGCAGCAGGGAAUGAUGGGGCAGCAGGGAAUGAUGGGGCAGCAGGGAAUGAUGGGGCAGCAGGGAAUGAUGGGGCAGCAGGGAAUGAUGGGGCAGCAGGGAAUGAUGGGGCAGCAGGGAAUGAUGGGGCAGCAGGGAAUGAUGGGGCAGCAGGGAAUGAUGGGGCAGCAGGGAAUGAUGGGGCAGCAGGGAAUGAUGGGGCAGCAGGGAAUGAUGGGGCAGCAGGGAAUGAUGGGGCAGCAGGGAAUGAUGGGGCAGCAGGGAAUGAUGGGGCAGCAGGGAAUGAUGGGGCAGCAGGGAAUGAUGGGGCAGCAGGGAAUGAUGGGGCAGCAGGGAAUGAUGGGGCAGCAGGGAAUGAUGGGGCAGCAGGGAAUGAUGGGGCAGCAGGGAAUGAUGGGGCAGCAGGGAAUGAUGGGGCAGCAGGGAAUGAUGGGGCAGCAGGGAAUGAUGGGGCAGCAGGGAAUGAUGGGGCAGCAGGGAAUGAUGGGGCAGCAGGGAAUGAUGGGGCAGCAGGGAAUGAUGGGGCAGCAGGGAAUGAUGGGGCAGCAGGGAAUGAUGGGGCAGCAGGGAAUGAUGGGGCAGCAGGGAAUGAUGGGGCAGCAGGGAAUGAUGGGGCAGCAGGGAAUGAUGGGGCAGCAGGGAAUGAUGGGGCAGCAGGGAAUGAUGGGGCAGCAGGGAAUGAUGGGGCAGCAGGGAAUGAUGGGGCAGCAGGGAAUGAUGGGGCAGCAGGGAAUGAUGGGGCAGCAGGGAAUGAUGGGGCAGCAGGGAAUGAUGGGGCAGCAGGGAAUGAUGGGGCAGCAGGGAAUGAUGGGGCAGCAGGGAAUGAUGGGGCAGCAGGGAAUGAUGGGGCAGCAGGGAAUGAUGGGGCAGCAGGGAAUGAUGGGGCAGCAGGGAAUGAUGGGGCAGCAGGGAAUGAUGGGGCAGCAGGGAAUGAUGGGGCAGCAGGGAAUGAUGGGGCAGCAGGGAAUGAUGGGGCAGCAGGGAAUGAUGGGGCAGCAGGGAAUGAUGGGGCAGCAGGGAAUGAUGGGGCAGCAGGGAAUGAUGGGGCAGCAGGGAAUGAUGGGGCAGCAGGGAAUGAUGGGGCAGCAGGGAAUGAUGGGGCAGCAGGGAAUGAUGGGGCAGCAGGGAAUGAUGGGGCAGCAGGGAAUGAUGGGGCAGCAGGGAAUGAUGGGGCAGCAGGGAAUGAUGGGGCAGCAGGGAAUGAUGGGGCAGCAGGGAAUGAUGGGGCAGCAGGGAAUGAUGGGGCAGCAGGGAAUGAUGGGGCAGCAGGGAAUGAUGGGGCAGCAGGGAAUGAUGGGGCAGCAGGGAAUGAUGGGGCAGCAGGGAAUGAUGGGGCAGCAGGGAAUGAUGGGGCAGCAGGGAAUGAUGGGGCAGCAGGGAAUGAUGGGGCAGCAGGGAAUGAUGGGGCAGCAGGGAAUGAUGGGGCAGCAGGGAAUGAUGGGGCAGCAGGGAAUGAUGGGGCAGCAGGGAAUGAUGGGGCAGCAGGGAAUGAUGGGGCAGCAGGGAAUGAUGGGGCAGCAGGGAAUGAUGGGGCAGCAGGGAAUGAUGGGGCAGCAGGGAAUGAUGGGGCAGCAGGGAAUGAUGGGGCAGCAGGGAAUGAUGGGGCAGCAGGGAAUGAUGGGGCAGCAGGGAAUGAUGGGGCAGCAGGGAAUGAUGGGGCAGCAGGGAAUGAUGGGGCAGCAGGGAAUGAUGGGGCAGCAGGGAAUGAUGGGGCAGCAGGGAAUGAUGGGGCAGCAGGGAAUGAUGGGGCAGCAGGGAAUGAUGGGGCAGCAGGGAAUGAUGGGGCAGCAGGGAAUGAUGGGGCAGCAGGGAAUGAUGGGGCAGCAGGGAAUGAUGGGGCAGCAGGGAAUGAUGGGGCAGCAGGGAAUGAUGGGGCAGCAGGGAAUGAUGGGGCAGCAGGGAAUGAUGGGGCAGCAGGGAAUGAUGGGGCAGCAGGGAAUGAUGGGGCAGCAGGGAAUGAUGGGGCAGCAGGGAAUGAUGGGGCAGCAGGGAAUGAUGGGGCAGCAGGGAAUGAUGGGGCAGCAGGGAAUGAUGGGGCAGCAGGGAAUGAUGGGGCAGCAGGGAAUGAUGGGGCAGCAGGGAAUGAUGGGGCAGCAGGGAAUGAUGGGGCAGCAGGGAAUGAUGGGGCAGCAGGGAAUGAUGGGGCAGCAGGGAAUGAUGGGGCAGCAGGGAAUGAUGGGGCAGCAGGGAAUGAUGGGGCAGCAGGGAAUGAUGGGGCAGCAGGGAAUGAUGGGGCAGCAGGGAAUGAUGGGGCAGCAGGGAAUGAUGGGGCAGCAGGGAAUGAUGGGGCAGCAGGGAAUGAUGGGGCAGCAGGGAAUGAUGGGGCAGCAGGGAAUGAUGGGGCAGCAGGGAAUGAUGGGGCAGCAGGGAAUGAUGGGGCAGCAGGGAAUGAUGGGGCAGCAGGGAAUGAUGGGGCAGCAGGGAAUGAUGGGGCAGCAGGGAAUGAUGGGGCAGCAGGGAAUGAUGGGGCAGCAGGGAAUGAUGGGGCAGCAGGGAAUGAUGGGGCAGCAGGGAAUGAUGGGGCAGCAGGGAAUGAUGGGGCAGCAGGGAAUGAUGGGGCAGCAGGGAAUGAUGGGGCAGCAGGGAAUGAUGGGGCAGCAGGGAAUGAUGGGGCAGCAGGGAAUGAUGGGGCAGCAGGGAAUGAUGGGGCAGCAGGGAAUGAUGGGGCAGCAGGGAAUGAUGGGGCAGCAGGGAAUGAUGGGGCAGCAGGGAAUGAUGGGGCAGCAGGGAAUGAUGGGGCAGCAGGGAAUGAUGGGGCAGCAGGGAAUGAUGGGGCAGCAGGGAAUGAUGGGGCAGCAGGGAAUGAUGGGGCAGCAGGGAAUGAUGGGGCAGCAGGGAAUGAUGGGGCAGCAGGGAAUGAUGGGGCAGCAGGGAAUGAUGGGGCAGCAGGGAAUGAUGGGGCAGCAGGGAAUGAUGGGGCAGCAGGGAAUGAUGGGGCAGCAGGGAAUGAUGGGGCAGCAGGGAAUGAUGGGGCAGCAGGGAAUGAUGGGGCAGCAGGGAAUGAUGGGGCAGCAGGGAAUGAUGGGGCAGCAGGGAAUGAUGGGGCAGCAGGGAAUGAUGGGGCAGCAGGGAAUGAUGGGGCAGCAGGGAAUGAUGGGGCAGCAGGGAAUGAUGGGGCAGCAGGGAAUGAUGGGGCAGCAGGGAAUGAUGGGGCAGCAGGGAAUGAUGGGGCAGCAGGGAAUGAUGGGGCAGCAGGGAAUGAUGGGGCAGCAGGGAAUGAUGGGGCAGCAGGGAAUGAUGGGGCAGCAGGGAAUGAUGGGGCAGCAGGGAAUGAUGGGGCAGCAGGGAAUGAUGGGGCAGCAGGGAAUGAUGGGGCAGCAGGGAAUGAUGGGGCAGCAGGGAAUGAUGGGGCAGCAGGGAAUGAUGGGGCAGCAGGGAAUGAUGGGGCAGCAGGGAAUGAUGGGGCAGCAGGGAAUGAUGGGGCAGCAGGGAAUGAUGGGGCAGCAGGGAAUGAUGGGGCAGCAGGGAAUGAUGGGGCAGCAGGGAAUGAUGGGGCAGCAGGGAAUGAUGGGGCAGCAGGGAAUGAUGGGGCAGCAGGGAAUGAUGGGGCAGCAGGGAAUGAUGGGGCAGCAGGGAAUGAUGGGGCAGCAGGGAAUGAUGGGGCAGCAGGGAAUGAUGGGGCAGCAGGGAAUGAUGGGGCAGCAGGGAAUGAUGGGGCAGCAGGGAAUGAUGGGGCAGCAGGGAAUGAUGGGGCAGCAGGGAAUGAUGGGGCAGCAGGGAAUGAUGGGGCAGCAGGGAAUGAUGGGGCAGCAGGGAAUGAUGGGGCAGCAGGGAAUGAUGGGGCAGCAGGGAAUGAUGGGGCAGCAGGGAAUGAUGGGGCAGCAGGGAAUGAUGGGGCAGCAGGGAAUGAUGGGGCAGCAGGGAAUGAUGGGGCAGCAGGGAAUGAUGGGGCAGCAGGGAAUGAUGGGGCAGCAGGGAAUGAUGGGGCAGCAGGGAAUGAUGGGGCAGCAGGGAAUGAUGGGGCAGCAGGGAAUGAUGGGGCAGCAGGGAAUGAUGGGGCAGCAGGGAAUGAUGGGGCAGCAGGGCGGACGGCAGACAGUGCUGGGCGGAAGGAGAUUCACCAUCUUUCCUCUGUACCAUACCCCCUCCUCCCCCACGCACAGGGAGCAAGGAGGUGCAUGUUCAGCUCCGCCCUCACCUCCAGCAUCACCUCAAACUUCUAG